AACUACUUUGACUGGCUGCUGAGGGACAAUCUCACCGACACUCUGGAGGGGCAGGUGUGGAUCCCACAGGACGCCGCGCUGCUGCUACAGCCGUCCACCGCGCUACAGCCGGAAGGGCCCGUGGCUCUGAUACCACGGAACGGCGACUCAAGAGUGGGGUUUAAUGGGGAUGCAGGGACGCUGUUCCGGGAGGAGACGGGGUACAUCAAUGCGGGUGUGAUGCUCUGGCGGCGGUCGCCCGACAGCUUCAAGGUGGGGGGUGGGCCGUACAGACGAGCGGAUCAACAUAUGUGCGGUUUGGAGAGAAGGAGUGGAGGGUUGGGGAAAGAAGCGGCCUUGGGUUAUAGUUGUGUCGGUGUUUCUAUCAUUGCUUGCUCUUUCCCCUUCCCAAUUGUCUCUCGCAUGGAUAAUGAUUCUAUUGCUGGGUGUCCCCUUCCCUCCCAAUGCCUGGUGUCCCCGUGCCCCUUCCUGGCGCGCACAGUUCUUCCAGGAGUGGUACAACGUGCCGAGGGACAACUACCACCUGCACAACCACGUGUGGGAGCAUGCCAACCUCAACACGGUGGCACGUCAGCAAGAGUGGAGGGAGAGGGUGAUCGUGGUGCCGUAUCAGGAGCUCACAGGGCCCCACGGCGCCAUGUGUGGGGCGGAGUGGCAGAGGAGGCGCGUCACGAGGUGGUGUUCCAGGUCUUGGAAGAGGCACUGGGGGGCCUGCAGUAA